GCGCAGUGCAAAUCGUGUUUCUGGAUUGGGAAGCCACAAAUAUGGCGCUGUGGAAGAGAAUUCCCCCCUCUCCACCCACCAACUAGGAUCAUUUAGAAAGUGAAAGCUGCACUGGGGUUACUUCCUGGUAACCAGGUCCAUUCUUUUUGGCGGUUCAAAUCUUCUUCGAUCAUAAAUAUCGGGAUUUUUUAGUCUACUGAUCCGUGGAAAUUGUAGACAAAAUGAAGGAAACAUUCGUUUGUUUCUGCCUUGUGUUUUUCGGCGCGCGCCUUGUAAUGGCUUCAGACACCAUCACCGUAAACUGCUCUAAGAAUAUAAUUAUGGGUAAAUACGGUUCCUCUGUGGUUCUCCCAUGUUGGCUAACUCCUGUGACUGAUGCAGAAAAUUUGGAGAUUCGUUGGUACCGCCCAGACCAGUUCAAAAAUCCACUACUGUUAUACCAAAAUCGUAAAGUCAUUACAGACCUUGUGGAAAUGUACAUCAAUCGAAGCUCAUUGACCCUGAGAAACCCACAGUCUGCUGGCCUGAAACAGGGAGAUGUUUCCUUGAGGUUGGACAACAUUGGUUUGUCAGAUAUAGGGAUUUUUCACUGCUAUGUAAGUGGAGACAAAUCAUAUAACAGCAACACUGUGAAACUCAGUUUAACUGCUCUAGGGUCUUUCCCUCACCUUUCUCUUGAGCACCGUCAUGACUCUGUGAACCUUAGCUGUUCUUCCUGUGGCUGGUUUCCUAAGCCGAGUCUCCUGUGGAAAUCUACCAAUGAAAAAGGAGAUCUUUCUGAACGCCAAUCCCCCAUUUACAGUGAACAAGAGAACGGCCUUUUUUGCAUUUACAGCUGGGUCAUCCUUUCCUCUUCUGUCUCUAACUCGAUGACCUGUUUAGUCACUCUGUCAGAAGAUGAGAAGAGAAACGUGAGCCUGGAAAUUGGGGCCGGCCUUCCAGUUGAAAAUAGUGGGGUGUGGAAGAUUCUUUUCACUCUUGCACUGUUAUGUGUUCUGGCCCUGGUUGGCAUUUUCCUCUUCCGCUUCUACAGGAAAUAUAAAUCAAAAUCAGAAUAUAAGGAAGUUUGCAGAGAUGAACAACCCAACGAUUUUUCUAUGGAGGAAUUAUGGAAAGAAACAGUGAACAUUAUAUUAGAUAAAGAAAGCUGCAAAAAAGAAUUCCUUUCGUUUAACAAACAAGACGAUGCGGUGAGAGAUAAUGAUGAGGCUGCUAAAAUUUAUAAAGGAUUUGGUUUUCCUUAUGAAUUAUGUGUACAUGGAAGAAACAAAUUCAGCUCUGGCCGUGCAUAUUGGGAAGUUGGACUAAAGCAAACAAAUGUUCCAUGUAAGAAGUCGUGGCUGAUUGGAGUCGCCAAAGCUUCAUAUACCAUAAGUAACAACAAGGAGGAUUUUUCACCAGGGAAAGGUUUUUGGUUCCUGUGCUCAGACCCUGAAAAUGGCCUCCAUGUUAACACCGAGCCAGAAAUCGUACUUCCGAAAAACAUAACACCAGAGAGCAUUGGAGUUUUGCUAGAUUUUAGCAAAAGUGAGCUUUCAUUUUACAAUGUUACAGAUAGUGCUCAUAUCUUUACAAUGAAAAUCAAGAGGAAUUCCCAAGAAGAACUUGUACCUCUGUUUAAUCCAGGAAUAGGGGAUAAAGCGCCAUUAAAAAUAAACCCAUUGCGCAAAAUUCAAGCUGAGCCUGAAGGAAAUGCUAGCGGCAGCGAUGCAAAUCAGCACGUAUAAAUUAAACAUAACAAAAAAAAAAGGUUUGAUCAAGCCUAUUUAUGACUAUAAAGAGCAGUUUGUGUAGCCUAGUCAUAUCAAAAGUGACAAUCCCAAAACAAAUAAAAGUUAAAUAAAAAUCAUUUAUGAACAUACACUACAUUAAGACUGAAAACUGCUUAAUUAGCGUAGAUCACAUCAGCAUAAAGGCCGGGAGAGCUUUGAGCUCAGAGGAGGGAGAGCAGGAAGUCAGCUACAAGUUAAAACAGAACUAGCUUUAUUUUGAAGUUUUUCACACUAAAAUCGAGAACAAGAUUAGCGAGAUUGCAAACAGGUGUGUGAUUUUCACUGCUUAUUUUCUAAAAGCUCUGCCCUUCACACAUAAACCUGGGCUUGGCUCCCCCCUCCACCACCUAGGACCACAAACACAUCCAAAAACUUUUUUUUUUGUAAACCUUAAACCUGUGCUCUCGACUGGGAGGUAUUGGGCUGCACCUUUUUUACAUACCUCCAGUCCCCGCUCUGCCCUCUCAGAAAACACCAUCAUUAGAGACACAGGUACUGUCUCUGUCCCUGGUUUCAGGAGUUUGAGGUGGCAUAGAGUACCUGGAUUGUAUUGCUUUUAUCUGUGUACCCAACCUCAUAGUCAACAUCUCCAACUUGCCAUGUAAUUUAGAGCUCGAUGUGGGUAAUAAUGAGUACUGUAUCUUUUUAGUUACUUUUGUGCUAAAAGCUAUAUAGUGUAUACCUUUUAACAUUGAUGAUGCCUUUUCAGAUGUGAAAGCUGUUAAUUCUGUAGGCAGUAAAGCAAUCCCAUACUAAUAGAGAUGCAGGCUUUUGAAAUGAGCACCGAUUAUAAGCUAGAUGGUCCCUCUAUUAAGUCCAGAGGACAAGGCAUCCAUGGUUUGGUUAAUUUUGGAUUAGUCUGACCAUAGAACGGUUUUCCACUUUGCCUAAGUCUAUUUUAAAUUAGCUUUUCCCCAGAGAAGACAACAUAUCUGGAACAUGUUCACAUAUGGCUUCUUCUUUGCAUGAGCGAGUUUUACCCUGCAUGUGGUAGUGGUAGUGACAUAGCGAACUGUGUUCAUUGUUCACAGACAAUGGUUUUUGGAGGUGUUUAUGAGCCCAUGCAGUGAUUCUCAUUACAGAAUCAUGUCUAUUUUCAAAGUAGCGUCUGAAAGCUUGAAAACCUAUGAAUUCUUUUUCUCAUAACUUUAUUAGAAUUGUGGUUGUAUAUAUGGGGAAAAAAGGGGGAAAAAAAGGGUUUUUUUUCCCCUUUAGGGGAAAAAAGCUCACCAGAGAUUUGUCUCCAUACCCCCCUGUCCCCUACAUCUGCCUCUUUCACACCUGCAUGUCUUCCCUCACCACAUCCAGAAACCUCCUCCUUGGCCUUCCUCUUUUCCUCCUUUCCUCCUUUUUAAAUUUCUUAUCUGUUUUCAGGGUUUUCAAGAAAAAAAAGCUUGUGAUGCCUUAUAUGGUUGUUAUAUGGAUUUCAAGUUAGUAGUUGUAUGCUUAUUUUACAUUUGUAUAAUUAUUUGUAUUUAUAAGUUUUAUAAGGUUUGUAUGUCAUGAAAAAAAUCUGAAAAUAAAUACUAACCAUUUUUCUUAA